GAAGGGCGAGUCACCGUGCAGGUAAUAUCUCCUUAUUUUUAAGGACUUCAAUUCAGUCCGAGUUUCGUCGUGCUGCCAACGCUGCGAGAGCUCGACAAUUUCUGAUACACAGGAAGAGAGAUGGUGUCGAUCUCGUGUUCCUGAUACUUUCCUGGACAAUUUACCCUUUCUAGGCCAAGAAAUGUCGGAGCUCGACAAGAAAUCUCUCCUCUCCCCCACGAGCUCUCGCUCCGUGACGGAGACAGUGAACGGCUCGCACCGGUUCGUGAUCAAGGGUUACUCCCUGGCCAAGGGCAUCGGCGUCGGCAAGCACAUCGCCAGCGACAAUUUCACGGUGGGAGGCUACCAGUGGGCCAUCUAUUUCUAUCCCGACGGGAAGAACCCCGAGGAUAACUCAACGUAUGUUUCGGUCUUUAUUGCCCUCGCCAGCGAGGGCACCGAUGUUCGUGCUCUGUUCGAGCUCACGCUUGUGGAUCAGAGCGGGAAGGGUAAGCAUAAAGUUCACAGUCAUUUCGAUCGGUCUCUGGAGAGCGGGCCAUAUACGCUGAAGUAUAGAGGUAGCAUGUGGGGUUAUAAACGUUUUUUCAGACGAGCAAUGCUUGAGACAUCAGAUUUCCUCAAGGAUGAUUGCCUGAAAAUUAAUUGCACUGUUGGAGUUGUGGUUUCAGCAAUAGACUGCUCAAGAUUACACUCAAUACAAGUCCCUGAUUCUGACAUUGGAACACACUUUGGUAUGUUAUUGGAGGAUGAAGAAGGUUCAGAUGUUACUUUUGAUGUGUGUGGGGAAACAUUUCAUGCUCAUAGUCUGGUAUUAGCCGCUCGAUCUCCUGUUUUUGAAGCUGAACUUCUCAGCAGAGCAGAGGAAGAUGAUCAUAAGAUAGUGAUUACUGAUAUGGACCCUAAGGUAUUUAAGGCCAUGCUGCACUUUGUCUACAGGGAUACUCUUAUUGAAGACGAGGAGUUGUUAGUUUCAAGUUCAUCUUCCUUGCCUUCGAUAAAUGACUCGUUGCCUGCAAAGUUGUUAGCUGCAGCAGACAAAUAUGGGCUGGAUCGACUUAGAGUGAUGUGCGAAUCUUUACUCUGCAGGGAUAUAUCUGUGAACUCUGUUGCUAAAAUUCUGGCCCUAGCUGAUCAUCAUCAUGCUUCGGAUCUAAAAGCUGUUUGCCUGAAAUUUGCUGCUGAAAACCUUGUAGGAGAUCCCCAAGUAAUUGAAAAUCCAGGAUUCAAGAUCGGAGUAUAAGGUUUUCAUUGUUUCUAUUAGUUAUUUUCCUGGUGCUUGUUAGCUGUGCAUUCUCUGAUGUUCAGAUCCAAUGCAGCUGUUAUGCGCUCAGAUGGUUUCGAGUUUGUCAAAGAACAUUGCCCGUUGCUGCAGUCAGAGCUCCUGAAGACAGUGGCGGGAUUUGAGGUGGAAUUUAGUGGAGAAGGAAAGAGCCGAAGUGUGUGGGCCCAGUUUUCUGAUGGUGAUGAUACAAAUGAGAGAAGCGUAAGGCAACAGGCCUGGGAAUGUAGCAAUUGAGGGAAACGAAGUCAAGAUUGUUGAUAGAGCUUCUUGAUGGCGGUGACACAGAAGUCAUCGGGUUGCAAGGCAAGUAACCUGAUAUCGUUAACAUAAAUAUUGCUUUGUUUUGGCAAAUAACAAUGAUCAUUUAAAUUGGAAAAGACUAAGAUGAAAAAAAAUGAAAUAAAUGCAAGAAAAGUACGAAGGAAGCAUCAUGUGGCCAAGGCGCCUUGUCAUAUUAGUGUUUUUCAGUCCUUGUUGGUAAUAGCGUUGUUGUAUGUUAACAAUGAGCUUUUGUUGUACCUUAAAGGGUGCACUUCUGUUGUGCUUCUGUUGUAUUCUAAAAGGAAUGUUUGUCUAGUUCUUGUUAUUCACAAGAGUAGCAGCUGGAAUUCAUCAUUGUAACUCUGUGCAUCUUCCCCGACUAUCUCUGUAAUGUCAUUAUGGUAUUGAUUUAAAUUUUGAAUGAA